UGUAAAGUUAACUAAACAUCUUUCGGUAGUUAUAAUUGAAAAACGAGAUAAACAACAUGUUUUUCAUGUUGAAAUUGGUGUUAAUAUUUUUAUUAAACGAAACGCAAGCGUAUAUCACGCAAGAUAUCGAAAGAAUAUUGCUACCGGCAUUGAAUACGACAGAGAUAGAGGAAAUACCACUGACUUUAAAAAUUUUUGGAAAACAGAUUAAGUUAAACCUGCGAAGAAACGACAAGAAUGUAUCGUCGACGUAUAAAGUAUGGAAACAUGACGCAAAAGACAUCACAAAAGAAUUGUCGGAAUUACAUGCAUCGGAUCCUUGCUAUUAUUUUCACAAAGAUCGUAUCAGCACUGCGGCCAUAAACGUUUGUCAGGAAUAUGGAUGGGAAGGAUUUGUUUUUCUCAAAGACAACACAUUAGAAAUUAAAACUUUGCGGGAUGAUCAUGCGUCUUUGUCCACACUCGACGAUCUUUGCGUUAAAGAAAAAAUUAAUGUUUCAUUUGGCAAAGCUCACCUCAUUAAAAGAUCUUUGCAAUUAUCUGCUGAUUCAAGUUUUCAAAAUUUUGAUAAUUUUAAAUUGAAGCGGCGACGUGUACAAAAUACUCAAGAAAAAUUAACUAUGGAACUGGCUGUUUUCUUAGACGAAGCCGCAUAUCGUACGUUCAUACCAUUUCUGAGUGAAAAUAAAAAUGUGUUGCGCAUGUUGAUAUUAGCGUAUGUGAAUCGUAUCCAAGCUGUGUUUCAUCAUCCGAGUUUGGGUGUUUCCAUCGAUAUUUCAUUGGUACAUUUGGAAAUUAUGGAUGAACAACCUUUAAAUUUGCCAGUUUUUGGCGGCGACGAUAGAAAACUGCUUGAUUCGUUCUGCAAUUACGCGAAAACUCGCAAUCCUCCGGACGACAAUAAUCCACAUCACUGGGACGUUGGUCUUUACCUAACUGGAGUAAAUAUUUAUUGGACAAAGCAAGACGAUCUAAGUAGCCUAGGAUUAGCAAACCCCGAUAGCGCAUGCAACUUGAAUGAAUCGUGUGCGAUAGUAGAAUUCGGUAUUGCGGAUAAAAUAACCUCGGGUUUUUCAUCGUCUCUCACUGCUGCUCAUGAGAUCGGUCAUGUUUUGGGAAUGAUACAUGAUUUCGAUUAUGAAAUUUCGUGUGAUGCAUACAAAUACAUAAUGUCGUCUAAGCAGUACUCUCAAGGUCAAAUCACAUGGUCCGAAUGUAGCCGUGGUAUAGCUGAAAAACUCUGGUACGAAAAGGAUUGCCUUCGAGAUCAGACGAGACCGAAACGUUUAGGUGACACAUCACUCUCGUUAGGUGACACAUCACUCGACCACUCACGUUAUCACGAUUUACCCGGAAGAAAAUGGACCGCCAAAGCACAGUGCGAAAUAUAUUUCCGCGACAAGGAUGCAAACGUAGUCUCGUUGCUUGAUAUAUGCAAAACCUUAGAAUGCGAAACGCCUCAUGAUAAUUUAUAUGCCUUCACGGGACCGGCAUUGGAAGGAACUUAUUGUGCACCCGGAAAGGAAUGUCGUGGCGGAGAAUGCGUACCCGUUAUCGAACCACCGUACCUCUUUGAGAAUUGUGAAGAUGAUAAUUGGAGUGAAUGGAAAGAAGACACCUGUCAAAGUAUCUGCUUGGAGAAAUCUAAAGAUGGAACGUGGUGUCAUGAGAAAGAUGGCCAGGAUUAUUACUGCCGACAACAUUACUGUCUGCCUGGAAGAUACUCUUAAGAAUUUUUGAGGGAUUAUCAACAUGUGUGAACAACGAUCGAGGAAAAAGAAAAUUAUAAAACGCGCGUAAAUCAGUAUAGAAAAGUUGGUCAAUUCGUUUGGUACCGAAUUUUUGAUCGCACAAUCUGCCGUGUUAACAUUUGUUUUGCGUAUCAUCUAUAUCUUGCUUGAUGGAGACAAUAAACUACGUCAAAUUAUAAUAUCUAAAACAAAUUUCUUCGAUUAGCAUUAGUAAAAACAUAAUAAACAAUUAAAGUAACAGAUGAUAAUUAAUAUGUUUGCAAAAAGGGAAAAUAAAUAGCUCAAUAAAGUAGAGAUACUUUUAUUCCGUACGACACAAUGUGUAAAGAAAAAAUCCACGAAUGCGAUAAC